AGGGAGACACAGAAUCUGAAGCAGGUUCCAAGCUCUGAGCUGUCAGCAGAGCCCAACAUGGGGCUUGAACUCAUAGACCACAAGAUGAUGACCUGAGCUGAAGUCAGACACUUAACCAACUGAGCCACCCAGAAGACCCUGUUUUUGUUUCUUUUGUUUAUAGGCAGUAAGAUUUAAAUUUAGUACUUCUCAAUAUAUCUGAAACUUAUGUACUGUCUGCUUUUUAAAUCACCUGUAAAGGGGCAUCUGGGUGCUUCAGUCAGUUAGGUGUCCAACUCUUGAUUUUGGCUGAGGUCAUGAUCUCAUGGUUUGUGAGAUCAAGCUCCACCUCGGGCUCUGUACUGUCACUGCAGAGUCUGCUUGGGAUUCUAUCUCUUGCUUUCUCUCUGCCCCUCCCCUGUUCACACACACGCAUCUUCACUCCCACUCUCAAACAAACUUUUAAAAACUUGUCUGUAAGGUAUUCUUAAUGGACAUUUUUUAAAGGAAAUGUUAUUUUUUUAGCACAAAUUAACUGAGCAUAUCUUACAUUUAAAAUGUGUUGGUAGUUGCAGAGGAUUUAUAAAAGUGAAUAUGAUACACAGAUGCCCUCAAAUUGUGGUUUUUUUGAAGGAGGGUAAAUUUUUGUUUACUAAGUAUUAUAAACAUAGAAAAAAACAAAACAUAAAAAUGGGUAGUAUUACAUAUUGUGUAUAGUCCAUUACAUACAUAUGAAACAAGUAAAAUAAGUAUCUUAUAGUCAUUAGAGAACCAUAAAGAUACAGAUAAAAUAUCAUGGGGAUUCACUGAGAGAAGAAAUAAUUUCCAUCUCAGCAAAUCAACUUAAGGUUUUAUGGAAUUAUUCAUAAAAUGAAUUCAUUAGAAAAUUAAAGUUAGAAGUUUGACACAUUUUAUAGAGUAUACUGUUUAUAAAGGCUUUGUCUGUUUUUAAAUGUUUUAUUCAUUUUUGUGAGAGAGAGAAAGCACAAGCGGGAGAGACAGAGAAACUGAAGUGGGCUCUGUGCUGACCACAGAGAGCGGAUAUGGGGCUCAAACUCAGGAACACGAGAUCAUGACCUGAGCCAAAGUUGGAUGCUCAACCACUCAACCAACUGAGCCACCCUGGAGUUCUAAGGCUUUGUCUUUUUUAUUAAAUAAAAUGGCUUACAUUUUUGAGUUUAGAAGACAGAAGGUAUCCAUCAUACUUGGCACCCGAGGUAAUUGCACAAGGAAUUGUCAAAAGCACUGAUCAUAUGCCAAGUGAAAAACCAUUGCCUUCUGGCCCCAAAUCAGAUGUGUGGUCUCUUGGAAUAAUUUUAUUUGAGCUUUCUGUGGGAAGAAAAUUAUUUCAAAGCUUGGAUAUUUCUGAAAGACUAAAAUUUUUGCUUACAUUAGAUUGCGUAGAUGACACUAUAAUAGUUCUGGCUGAAGAACAUGGUUGUCUGGACAUUAUAAAGGACCUUCCUGAAAAUGUGAUAGAUCUUUUGAAGAAGUGUCUCACCUUCCACCCUUCCAAGAGGCCAACUGCAGAUGAAUUAAUGCAGGACAAGGUAUUCAGUGAAGUGUCACCUUUAUAUACUCCCUUUACCAAACCUGCCAGUCUGUUUUCAUCUUCUCUAAGAUGUGCUGAUUUAACUCUGCCUGAGGAUAUCAGCCAGCUGUGUAAAGAUGUAAACAGUGAUUACCUGGCAGAAAGAUCUAUUGAAGAAGUAUAUUACCUUUGGUGUUUAGCUGGAGGUGACUUGGAGAAGGAGCUUGUCAACAAGGAAAUCAUUCGAUCCAAACCACCUAUCUGCACACUUCCCAAUUUUCUCUUUGAAGAUGGUGAAAGCUUUGGGCAAGGUCGAGACAGAAGCUCACUGUUGGAUGACACCACUGUGACAUUGUCAUUAUGCCAGCUAAGGAAUAGAUUAAAAGAUGUUGGUGGAGAAGCAUUUUACCCACUACUUGAAGAUGACCAGUCUAAUUUACCUCAUUCAAACAGCAAUAAUGAGUUGUCUGCAGCUGCCACUCUCCCUUUAAUCAUCAGAGAGAGGGACACAGAGUACCAGCUAAACAGAAUCAUUCUCUUUGACAGGCUGCUAAAGGCUUAUCCAUAUAAAAAAAAUCAAAUCUGGAAGGAAGCACGAGUUGACAUUCCUCCUCUUAUGAGAGGUUUAACCUGGGCUGCUCUUCUGGGAGUUGAGGGGGCUAUCCAUGCCAAAUACGAUGCAAUUGAUAAAGACACUCCAAUUCCUACAGAUAGACAAAUUGAAGUGGAUAUUCCUCGUUGUCAUCAGUACGAUGAACUGCUGUCAUCACCAGAAGGUCAUGCAAAAUUUAGGCGUGUAUUAAAAGCCUGGGUCGUGUCUCAUCCUGAUCUUGUGUAUUGGCAAGGUCUUGAUUCGCUUUGUGCUCCAUUCCUAUAUUUAAAUUUUAAUAAUGAAGCCUUGGCUUAUGCAUGUAUGUCUGCUUUUAUUCCCAAAUACCUGUAUAACUUUUUCUUGAAAGACAACUCGCAUGUAAUACAAGAGUAUCUGACUGUGUUCUCUCAGAUGAUUGCUUUCCACGAUCCAGAGCUGAGCAAUCAUCUCAAUGAGAUUGGAUUUAUUCCAGAUCUCUAUGCCAUCCCUUGGUUUCUCACCAUGUUUACCCAUGUAUUUCCACUGCACAAAAUUUUCCACCUCUGGGACACCUUACUCCUUGGGAACUCCUCUUUCCCAUUCUGUAUUGGAGUAGCAAUCCUCCAGCAGCUUCGGGACCGGCUUUUGGCUAAUGGCUUUAAUGAGUGCAUUCUUCUCUUCUCUGAUUUACCAGAAAUUGACAUUGAACGCUGUGUGCGAGAAUCAAUCAACCUCUUUUGUUGGACUCCUAAAAGUGCUACUUACAGACAGCAUGCUCAACCUCCAAAGCCAACUUCUGAUAGCAGUGGAGUCAGAAGUUCAACACCUUUUUUCUCCACUGAGUGUCCAGAUCCUCCGAAAACAGAUUUGUCAAGAGAAUCCAUCCCAUUAAAUGACCUAAAGUCAGAAGUAUCACCCAGGAUUUCAGCAGAGGACCUGAUUGACUUGUGUGAACUCACAGUGACAGGCCAUUUCAAAACACCCACGAAGAAGACAAAGUCCAGUAAACCAAAGCUCCUGGUAGUUGACAUCCGGAACAGUGAAGAUUUUAUUCGGGGUCAUAUUUCAGGCAGCAUCAACAUUCCAUUCAGUGCUGCGUUCACUGCAGAUGGAGAGCUUACCCAGGGCCCUUUCACUUCUGUGCUCCAGAGCUUCAAAGGGAAGGUCAUUGUCAUCGUGGGGCAGGUGGCAAAGCACACAGCAGAGUUCGCAGCUCACCUUGUGAAGAUGAAAUAUCCAAGAAUAUGUAUUCUCGAUGGCGGCAUUAAUAAGAUCAAGCCAACAGGCCUCCUCACUGUCCCGUCUCCUCAAAUAUGAAGAACCAAGAAAGAGUGUGAUAGUCAAAAGGACAGAGUGGUAUCAGCCCCCAACAGCACAACUCUUCACAGCCUUACCUCUCUUCGACAGAACUAGACUUCCAGAUUGUUGCAUUUCCAUAAAGUUUUGUCAUGAAACAUUUUUUUAAAUCUCAUAACCCACAUGCUCAGCUAUCCAGGCAAUAAACUUGACUGUACAUGUA